AUGCCUUCUUCGACUGCCGCUCCAUCGAAACCACAGCUAAAUCGUUCCUUCUCCAUCAUUCAAGCCCAUAACGAGCAGCGUUCGGAGCUCCUCGACGUGCUAUCUGAUGUUAAAACUAAGGUCCAAGAUCGGCUCGGGAUUGUCGAUUUCCCUUUACCACAAUUCAUACUAAUCGGCAAGCAGUCUGUGGGAAAGUCUCGGCUCAUCGAGGCGCUUGCUGGUGAGCAAUUCAAUUUCGUGAGUGGCACGAUGGGAAGUCGCCGACCAACUGUUUUGGAGUUUCGAAAUGUCCAGCAGAAUAAGCACUCGAGAUGGUAUGUUAUGGAUAAAAAAACUAAUAAAUGGCAAGAACAUCCUCUUCACGAAGUUACUCAAAUCAUCGGUGAAGCUCACGAGUCGCUCGGGGCCUCAGUAACAGAUGAGCCUGUGUAUGUUCGUGUUGAAUCACCAUUUUGCGUUGAUAUGCAAAUCGUCGAUUUGCCCGGUUUUCGAGACUUCGCCCUCGAUAAGGAGAAACAGCAGCUUGCUGACCAAAUUGAUAACCUGGUAAUUUUGUCUAAAGGGGCGAGUGAGAAGUUUGUGAAUACUAUCGGGUUUGAUAAUUUCACCAAGUACAUGGAGCGCCGAAUUGAAGUUAUGUUUGCACAAGCAAUAGGUCCUGUUUUGAAAAAGUUGAAAGAUUUGAAGCAACAGAAUUUGGAAAAGGAGGAGAGUAUGAAGGACGAAAUUGAAAAUACAAAUCCAGCGCAGAUCGUCUCGACAGUGCGGGAUGUGGGAAUGAGUUUUGCUCAUUCGUUGAAUCACGUGAUGGAGGGUUUCGUUCGCUCUGAUGCGGGACGGUUGACUCUUGAGGAUGAACUGAUUGCAUUCGCGGCGUAUGAGGAGGGUCAAGGCGCUGAUUUCACGAUGCUGCCAAGUGAAGAUUUUGCUUGUUUGAACGACUACAUCGACUACUUGAGAAACGAUAUAAAAGUUCCUGCGUUUGAUGUUGAAAUUAACGGUGGAGCUCAGUUCCGAAGAUUGAUGUACGAAGUAGAGGUUUUCCUGAGAUUUUCGGAAAUCGGCGUGGAAACUAAAAAGAAGGAUGUUAUUCAAGCCAGAGGUGUGUCCAUGGGCUCUGUUACUUGGCGAGAUGUGGUGGUGAAGUUGCUGUGCACGGAGGCGUUGAUUCCGAUGAAAGCUCGAAUACAAUACGCGGCCGAAAGAAUCAAGUGGUUUUUCAUAUCCCAAAAAGAUGCUGUCAUUAACUUCAUGUUGAGUAUCAAGGGCUCGGCUGAUGAACAGAUGUUCUCUUCGUUGUAUACGAAACAUGUGAAAUUGAUGUUGGAAAACGAGAUGAUAAAACAACUCGUUUACAAAACUUAUGAUGACGCUUGCCAGAGGCAGUUGGAGCAGUUUAUGGAGUUGUUCGAUAAUACUCUGGCAUCGACAUUUUCCAAUCCUUGGGUGUUCUUGAAACGCACAUCUUCGGGGUUGGAAAAUCUUGAUAAUGACAAAGACAAAGAUGGAAAUGAUGAUGAUAGCGAUGAUGACGAUUCGAAGAGCAGCAAGCAAGGGGAUGAUGAUGAUUCGACUGAAGACGGUCUUGAUGAUAUGCAGUUGCCGACUUUUGAUGACACUAAGAAGAGAAUUCCAAUGGAAAUCGAAUCACGAAGUGGCAUUGAAACGACUUUAUCCCAUUGGCUGAGUACAAUUCCGAUGGAGCCACAGCAGAUUGAUGAGGCGGUGGAAAAAGUGCAGAUGUUGGUGUUGAAGACAUUCUCAUUCAUCAGAUCGCAGAUAUCUGAUCAAAUCGAAUUGUUUGCGGAGUCAUUCUUCAAGCUGCCGAUGAUGCGUAGGCUGGAGGAUGAUAUGAGUAAUAUCCAGAUGACCAACGUAGACACCGAAACCUACAAGGUUCGACGGGAAUAUCUUGAGGGCGAGUUUAAGACCAUUGAAGAUACUCUAGGAUCUUUAAAUGAAUGCAUUGAUAAAUUGCAAGGAUUCGCUUUGAAAGCUCAAACGAAGAUGAGCAGGUCUUCAGGGAGCAAAUAGAUACACUGAGGCGACUUCGGAGCGUGCUCACUUUUCCACUACUUGAGAAAAAUGUAUAAAAUGCAACGCUUCGCUCCGCCGGAUGGAAACGUGAUCCGAUGCAGAAGUAGCGACGCUGGCGGUUUUCUCUUGCAAGUUCAUCGGCGCCUGAUUGUCGCUGGGAAGCAUUGCAGUAUUCCGAAAGUUCCUGUUUAAUUACCUU